AUGGCUGACAACGUUCCUGCCGCUUCAGAAUCAUCAGGACGGGGUCGUGGUGGUCGCCGCCGCGGCGGCCGCGGAGGGGCUCCCCCGUCCGGCAACACGGAUGGCCCACGCAACGCAGGGGGAGCCGCUAGCAGAGGACCCAAGCCUCGUGGACGAGGAGGCAAGGGCCUUAGAGGUCGUGACCAGUCAAAUGUGACCGAUGGAUCCCAGGACAAGGACACACAAGCUGCGCCAGCUCCAACUGCGACGGUCGGAUCAAAGGCUCUCCCGGCUGCUACCGACGACGCAGACGACGGGGAGGUUUGCUUCAUCUGCGCUUCCAAGGUCGAGCAUACCUCUGUCUCUCCAUGUAAUCACCGGACCUGUCACAUUUGCGCGCUGAGGCUUCGUGCCCUCUACAAGAACAAAGCCUGUGCGCAUUGUCGAACCGAGUCAAGUUUCGUCAUCUUUACCGACGACCCCGUACGCCGAUUCGAAGAUUUUGAGCAAAAGGAUUUCGCAAGGAAGGACGACAAUUUGGGAGUCUUCUAUGAAAAUGACGAAAUCUUCGAGGACACUGUCUUGUUGCUUCGGUACAACUGUCCCGAUGAGGACUGUGAUGUGGCUUGCUUGGGGUGGCCGGAUUUGCAUCGCCAUGUGAAGAGCAAGCACGGCAAGGUCAUGUGUGACCUUUGUACCCGCAACAAAAAGGUGUUCACCCAUGAACAUGUCCUCUUUACCCGAGACGAAUUGCGCAAGCACGAGAAGCACGGCGACGACAAACCAGGUGCAACUAAUCAGAGUGGGUUUAAGGGGCACCCUGAGUGUGGCUUCUGUCGCCAGCGAUUCUACGGUGAUGAUGAACUUUACACCCAUUGUCGAGAGCGCCAUGAACGUUGCCAUAUCUGUGACCGACGCAAUUCCAACCGCCAACAACAAUAUUAUGUCGAUUAUAAUGCCCUUGAAGACCACUUCCAACGUGAUCACUUUGUGUGUCUUGAUAAGGAGUGCCUGGAGAAGAAAUUUGUGGUGUUCGAAUCUCAGAUGGAUCUUAAGGCACACCAAAUAGAAGCACACCCAGACGGCGUCUCCAAGGACAUUCGACGAGAUGCACGACUGGUCGAUCUCUCAGAGUUUGAUCAUAUGCGCAGCCCAUACCAACCGCAGCGUCCACGACGCGGAGCUGGCAGGGGACGGGACCCCAAUGCUGAGCCAUUACCAGCCUCAAGUGCGCAGCCAUUAUCACGGGCCGAACUCGCCUUUCAACGUCAAAUGGACAUCCAGAGCGCGCAGUCCAUUUCGACACGUAGUUUUGGUGGCCAGCUCACCAGAAAUGACACUCAAACUGUGCAGGCCCCACCCCGGUCAGCCGGUGCUACACCAGCUCCGUCAUCCUCGCGUCCCCGUCCUCCGGCUGCAGAACUUGAGAGCCUUAGUCUCGCCGCUGAUCCGGCGCCCCUUGGCCCACAAGAUCAAGCGCGCAAACUGCGUCAUACGGCAGUGGUCGAACGAGCUACUAGCCUUCUCCGCAAUGACACAAAUAAGCUUGCCGAAUUCCGCUCCAGAGUCUCCAGUUAUCGGACAUCGGCCAUCUCGGCUACUGAGCUCAUUGACGCAUUCUUCUCCCUAUUCGACACAUCCAGCUCUGAUCUUGGCAAGCUCAUCAAGGAGCUUGCUGACAUUUACGAGGAAGAAUCCAAGCGCACUGGACUCUUACAAGCCUGGAAUGAUUGGAGAGCAAUUAACGAGGACUACCCUGCUUUGCCUGGCCCUGGUGGACUUUUGCCUGGUAUGUCCCCGGGCACUGCCAGCACUGGUGGCAUGCGAGUAUUGCGUCUAAAGUCCUCUACCGCCCAGUCCUCGCGGUCUGCCGUUGGCCGGAGUGGUGCUAUGGCAUCACCAGCCUCAAAUCCCUUCCCUCCACUCUCGGCUGCUGCGGGUCCCUCUCGUCGUAGCAAGCCUGCUUCCUCCACUCCAUGGGCCGCCGCUGCCCCAUCACCUCUUGUCCGCCCAUCAAUUUCCACUGUCCCCGCUCGCUCCUCUUCUUCAAGUCCAGCUACUCUUGCGCGCGCACCACCGCCCAGGGCUGGUGCCGACGCCUUCCCAGCUCUGCCCGCUGCUGCAAAGCCCAACGUGAUGAUGGCUGGUAAGACUCGUGGUUACGUACGCUGGGAUGGUCAUCGUGGCCCAGCCCCAACUGCUUGGGGAUCGAAUUCCUCCUCUGGCCUUGCCUCUCCCGCUGAACCAGCUGAUGGGGACUUUGAUGACUCCGGUGAUAAGAAGGGUAAAAAGAAGAAGGGGAAGCAGACUCUCUAUCACUUUGGUUAA